GCGUUAACGGUGACGUCAGCCCGCGCCGGAAGCGACACCGCCUGAAACCGGAAGUUAACCGUAGCUGCUAAUGUUGUUGUUGUUGUUGCUGCUGCUGCGUCGAAGCUAAAGAAGAUUAAACCUGACUUUUCCUCAUAAAUAAAGGCAAAGAUGGGGAAGAAGCACAAGAAACACAAACCCGAGUGGAGGAAGGUUGAAGGAGACUACGAGGACAAACCCCUGGAUAAACCGCUGAAGCUGGUGCUCAAGGUGGGCGGCAGUGAAGUGACCGAGCUCUCCGGAUCCGGCCACGACUCCAGUUACUAUGACGACCGCUCUGACCACGAGUGGGAGCGGCACAAAGAGAAGAAGAAGAAGAAGAAGAAGAAAUCGGAGAAGGAGAAAUAUGUAGAUGACGAGGACAGGAGAAGGAGGAAGGAGGAGAAAAAGAAGAAGCGUGAGAGAGCGCAGUCAGAAAACGCUUGCAGUGCACCAGUGGAGCCCUUCACCCUGCCGAAGCCCGUGGAGGUGCUUCCAGAGGAGAAGAAGCGGAAGCGGGACAAAUUCGAAUCGGAAUCAGAAGCAGAUGAAUUUCAUCCUGGAGUGAAAGUAGAAGUGGAGCAGCAGGCGGAUCGGCCCGUACGAGCCUGUCGAACUCAGCAAGGUACAACUAUAUACCUAGGCCUGAGUUGUAUGGGGUACCUCAAAAAGGACUCCGACGGGUCCCUCAACUACACUGUUGUAAAUCAAGAUCCUGAAGCAGAAGGUAUGAGCAUCACUCUGUUUCAGUGUCUACUGCUUUAUAUAGUGGACUAUAUGUAUAUGGGGUACCUCAAAAAGGACUCCGACGGGUCCCUCAACUACACUGUUGUAAAUCAAGAUCCUGAAGCAGAGGGUAUGAGCAUCACUUUAUAUAGUGGACUAUAUAAAAGGAACAUGCCGAUUGAUGACACUAAGUCUAGUUUAUGUGACAUGCCGGGAACAGAUGGAAGCAGCAUAGAAGCUGGUUCAGUGCUGGAUUUCAUGAGCAUGAAGAGCUACCCAGACAAUCCUCUAGAUAUGCUCAACACGUUACGUAAAUGUGUGAAGAAGGAGCCGGAGCAUGAAGACGGUCAUCAGCACUUUGACGACGCAGCCAAACUUCUGCAGGAGUUUCAGGAUGCAGCGGUGGACCGAGUCGGAUCCCGACCGUCCUCCAAUCUCUCGUCCCUGUCAAACACUUCCGAGAGGGAUCCGCACCAUUUAGGAGGUUCCCCUCAUCUUGCAGAUCAGACAGAGAUGGUUGAGGACCCUUACGAGUUCCUGCAGUCUCCAGAGCCCGGAUCCACCGCUAACAGCUGAUGUGACUCUCAGACGGACUCGCUGGGAUUAUGUGCUGUUCUAAAGGACCGGACAGACUCACUGCAUCACCUGCUUGUUUUUAAAUAAAACCUUUGUGUCUGA